UAGGGCUCUUGAGAAUUAGGGUUUUGGAGGAAGAACCCUAGGCGGCGGCGGCGGGGCAAGAUGAAGAACAAUCCGGCCGUCAGCAGCUCCAGGCGCAAGUGCCGGAAGGCGCAUUUCAGCGCGCCAUCAAGCGUGCGCCGGAUUUUGAUGAGCGCGACGCUGUCAUCGGAUCUGAGGAACAAACACAAUGUGCGCUCGGUUCCCAUUCGCAAGGACGACGAGGUCCAGAUCGUCCGCGGCUCGUUCAAGGGCAGGGAAGGCAAGGUCACCCAAGUUUACCGCAAGAAGUGGGUGAUUCACGUCGAGCGCAUCACUCGCGAGAAAGUGAACGGUGCUACUGUGAACGUUGGUGUUCAUCCAUCCAAUGUGGUGAUCACCAAGUUGAAGCUGGACAAGGACAGAAAGGCGCUGCUGGACAGGAAGGGCAAGGGACGCGCUGCCGAGAAGGGCAAGGGCAAGUUCACGGCCGAGGACGUUGCUCCGCCACUCCAAGAAGUGGAUUGAGUGAGCUUGUCGACGUAGUCUCUCCUCUCACGAAAUUGCAAGUCUCCAGGAUUUUGGCUUUCUAACUUUUUAUAAGUGAUGAGCUUUCUCUCGUUUGUCUUGUGGAAGUGCGAUUGGAAGUUUA